AUGCCUAGAGGCGGCGGCGGGCGAAGAGGCGGCGACUCCUCAGUUGAGCCCGAAGCUAUCCAUGAGCUUGGAGUUCGAGGCCGGAAAACAGGCGCCUUCUUGAAAGACACUGGCGAGCGCGAUGAGCAUGGCAUGCAGCCUCUGGACGCCAUUUUCUCAUCGCCAGGCGACGCAGAAGCCAAUCGAGACGAAUCCGGGAGCGAAGAUAUGGAGAUAUCAUCAAGUGCUGGGCCAGGGCCGCGAACAGUCCUCAAGAACCGACACAGCUUCCAUUACAGAAAUGCGACAUCAUCUUCCCCUACGCGCAACCCCAGCGCCGAAAAAGCAGCCCGAAGACUCGACUUUUCAGGGAAAGCAGGAAACAAAGCGGCGGCUAAGACGAAUGGGAAACCUAAGGCGGCUGCAGUCAAUGGCGCUUCACAGCGACUAGACGAUUCAGAAUCAGAAGAGCUGGACGACGUCAUGAGCGCAGGUGAAAACGGGGUGGCGGUUGAGGAUAUAGCUGAGGAAUCCAUGAUGAUGGUUGAUUCAGCACAAAUAUCAUCACAGAAAAGACGUGGUAGGCAAGCCAAGGAAGCUCCCCCGGCAAAGCCCAAAGCGCCCAAAGUUGCCACGCGAGCUCCGGUGAGGCUGCCUUCAGAGGAAUCAGAACCUGAACAACAAGAAGAGGGGCCCGAAGAAGAGGAAUCAGAACAGGAGGAGCCGGAAGAGGUGCUGGCCAGCACCAAGCAAAAGGGCCGGCGAUCAAAGCAAGAUCAGAAAUCAUCAUCUCAGCCAUCGAAGAAGCGAGGACCCGCGCGAAGAUCCCCGCGCGAAGACACCCCCGAAGAAACACGAGAGCCAUCUGAAGAGGAGGAAGAAGAGGAUGUGGCACCACGAAAGAAGCAGCGCACAACUGGAUCAACAGCCGCUAAAGCCGGGUCUUCCAAGUCAAAACCUUCAAGUAAAGGCAAAGCCCCUGCUCCUGCUCGGGGCAAUAUCGUCGUGCCAGUAUCAGCAGGGGGCAAGAGCAAACCCAAAGCUGACGCCAAGGCCAAAGGCCGACCUGGACGAAAGCCCAAGAAUGGCAGCGCGGGCGGAGAUGAAGAUGGAGAGGUUGGGGAGACAUCCUUUGCGGCGCUGCAGCGCGGGCCGCCUAUGCCCAAGUCUCGCGGCCUGGUGUCUUUGCGCAAGGAUUUGGACAACACGAUGACGCAGACAAGAUCCGGACGACACUCUUACCGGCCAGUUCAGUAUUGGAGGGGCGAGCAGGUGGUCCGAGAAGAUGAGGAGCAGGCAGAUAUGUUUGCCAAGGAUCGGUUCGUUUUGCCGAGCAUCAAAGAGAUCGUUCGUGUGCCCGAAGAGGAGGCCCGCAGCAGGAGCACUACGUCAAAGGGCAAAGCACGUCCCAAGGCGAAGAAGCCCGUGGUGGAAGAAGAUUAUGAAGAAUGGGAGGUCAGCCCCGGCACCGUGGAGGGCGAGGUUGUAAUAUGGGAGAAGGAGCACGAGGAGCACCCCCCAGCGGAUGACGAGCCUGUUCAAGUCACAGACGAGCGCAUCGCCAUCUCAGCCAAAGCGGUGCAGACGUCAGAGAUUCGUGAUGCGACAUUCCGGUUCGCGAAGACAUUGACGAUGCCGUUCAUGGGAGCUGGCGUGGUUGAUCUGCCGCCUGGAGGCGAGAAGCGGCCCAAGAACUCGAGGAAAAUGCACAUGGUGUUUUUCGUUCAUACAGGGAAAGUCAUGGUGACGAUCAACGAGGCGCAGUUUCGCAUAUCGGCAGGCGGUAUGUGGUUUGUGCCAAGAGGCAACUAUUACAGCAUUACGAAUGACUACGACAACCCCAGCCGAGUAUUCUUCUGCCAAGCUUGUGAAAUAUCACCAUCGCAGUUUGAAGCUUCACAGAUGAGCAUAGGAGCAUGA